AUGUCUGCUAGUGUUUUUGCGGCGCCGGAUCCUCACAGCCCAUUGGCGCGUUACCGGCUGCUGUCACCGAACGCUUCCGUCCGGGUCAGCCCUCUUUGCCUGGGCAGUAUGAGCUUUGGGGACGCUUGGAAAGGGCUGGUAGGCAGCUGUGAUAAAGAGACGACGGAGGCUAUCCUUGACUUUUUCCACGAACAAGUAGGAAAUUUCAUCGACACCGCAAACAGCUAUCAAGGUGGCCAAUCCGAGGAGUGGAUUGGGGACUGGAUGAAGAAGCGCGGCAACAGGGAUCAGAUAGUCCUUGCUACCAAGUAUUCGCUGAGGGCCGGUGCAGGCCACAGCGCUGCGGAGAUCACGGCCAACUCAACCGGCAAUAGUACAAAGAGCAUGCGCGUCUCGCUCGACGCCAGCUUGAGGAGGUUGAAGACGGAUUACAUUGAUGUGUUCUACGUGCACUUUUGGGAUUUCUCUACCCCCAUCCCCGAGUUAAUGCAGUCUCUCAACCAGCUCGUUGUCUCCGGUAAAGUGUUGUACCUUGGGAUUAGUGAUGCCCCGGCUUGGGUCGUCACCAAAGCGAACCAGUAUGCGCGAGAUCAUGCUCUCCGGCAGUUCUCAGUCUAUCAAGGAUUGUGGUCGGCCGCAUGCCGCGAUUUUGAGAGGGAAAUCCUUCCGAUGGCUCGUGAUGAAGGGAUGGCUCUAGCUCCUUGGGGCGCCCUUGGCCAGGGAAAAUUCAAGACGGAGGAGGAACGUAAAGCAGGAGACUCUCUCCGUAACAAGGUACAGCCCCCCUCUGCAGUGGAUUUACAGGUGAGCAAGGUGCUGGAAAUUAUAGCAACGAGGAAGAAUACUUUGCCGACAAGCGUUGCACUCGCCUACGUCAUGCACAAAGCCCCUUACACCUUCCCCAUUGUUGGCGGCCGAACGGUAGACCACCUGAAGCGUAAUAUUGCUGCCUUGACUCUACAGCUUGACGAUGCAGAUAUUGAAGAGAUCGAAAGCGCAGUACCCUUUGAUCUCGGCUUCCCUCAUUCAUUUCUAUAUGGUGGGGUAAACCCAGAUCAUCCAUGUGCCGUGUCCUGGUUGAAUAUGGCGGCAACCUACGACUACGUUAGCCUUCCGAAGCCAAUUCAACCUCACAAAGUAUAG